ACUCCUGACCUCAGGUGAUCCAUCUGCAUUGCCCUCCCAAAGUGCUGGGAUUACAGGUGUGAGCCACCACGCCCAGCCUAAAGUAUACUCUUAACCCAGGGUGAGCACACACUGCUAUGAUCAAUGAUGGUGUGAAGUGAUAGGGAGUUUUGGGGGCUGUGGAGGGAAUAUGGUCACAGAAAGCCUGGUUUCACUUGGCUCCAGCAGAGAGACUGUUUCUAUGAGUGUGUGUCCAGUGUUUGUGGACCUCCCAUAUCCUCACAGGAGGCCAGAACCUGGAGUUUUAAAGUGAAAUGCCCCCCAAUAUUUGUACUGACAAUUUUUAAAAACAAUGUAGGCCAAACAAAACACAUAGGUGGGACAGGCGCAGUGGCCCACCUAUUACACGCCUGUAAUCCCAGCACUUUAGAAGGUCAAGGCAGGCAGAUCACCUGAGGUUGGGAGUUCGAGACCAGCCUGCCCAACAUGGAGAAACCCUGUGUCUACUAAAAAUACAAAAUGAGCAAAAACAAAAACAACUAAAAAAACAACCAUAUAGGAGGCUCCGAGUUUGUAGGCAGCCUGUGGUUUAACAUCUUUCUAUCCCGUUCAACUCAGCUCCACGGGGCACAUGCCAUCUCCCCUCUGCUCAUCACAAUGUCUGGAUCAAACAAAUGAAAAACAGAAAUGAUGGCCUCUCCCAGCAAAGCUCCAGGGUUGGAAAGAGUCCCCUGGCAGGGAAUUGGCACCCAUUAUGCCCCUCCUCUCUCUCUUACUGUCUACUGGAAAUGUCCCCAUCUCCCUUUGAGUCCUCCUCCAGGGCUACCCAGGAGCCUCAUUAUCCUCUGUCCUGAAAUCAUCACAAUGGCCAGACUGGCCUCAGCUCAGGGCCUCUGUGACAUCACCAAGGGCCUGGCACCAGGUGCCCAGUCUUCCAGUUGCAAGAGCAAGCAAACCCAUCAUGAGCAAUUCCCUUCCCCAUCUCUGCUUACCAUGUGGAUGCUGAAAUGGUUCCUGGUCCUGCUUCUGUGCCUCAUCUACAGCUAUGCCUUUAUGUUCUCUCCUCUGAGAGAGAAAACUAAUGAGCCCCAGGGGAAGGUGCCAUACGAAGGGCACUUUCGGAUUCGGCAGAGUCCAGCAGAGCACACCCAAGGCUGGCUUGGGAACAAAUGGCUCUGGCUUUUGUUUGUUGUUGUGCUGUAUGUGAUACUGAAGUGUCGAGGAGGCAGUGGCAAGAAAAAGGAGCCGAAUCCUCCUGGCCUUCGAGGCAGCCAAUUUCGCACUCCACUAAAGAAAAGUCAAAAUGCUUCCCCCAACAAAGACUGUGCAUUCAAUACCUUGAACCAACUCGAGGUGGAGCUUGUGAAAUUUGUGUCCAAGGUACGGAAUCUUAAGGUUGCCAUGGCAACAGGUGGUGGCAGCAACCUCAGGCUUCGAAGGUCAGAGAUGCCUGCAGAUCCACACAAUAAUAUCACGAUCUAUGAAAUUUGGGGAGAAGGCGGCUCUAACUGAAUGGAUUUGUGUGUCAAAAAAAUAGAGAAAAAAAGUUGAGUAUUGACAAACUGUAUACAAACUAAUAAAACUAUUCUGAAGAACUUCCA